CAUGCAGCCAUGGACAAUCCCCAGGCAGUGUCGUAUCUCGAGUCAUUGCUCAACAGGACAGUCCGAUUGCACACCUCGGACACACGCCUCUUUGUAGGCCUCUUCAAAUGCACCGACAAUGAUCGGAAUAUCAUUCUCUCAAACACCUAUGAAUAUCGCUUCCCAACUCCCGUUGCUUUGAAUGAAGCGAUUGCCCAGCAGGGUUCCGAGAAUCAGGAAGUGGUCAAGGCAAACAUGACAAGCCGCUUUAUUGGUCUGGUUGUGGUGCCUGGGCAGCACAUCACGAAAAUCGAAGUCGACGACCCUUCGAAAUAGACUACUGCGGCGCUGGGCAAAUGGAAAGCGAUCAUUGGGUUCCGAAUCUUCCGAGGGACGGCAUUCAUAGAAGCUGGCACGAUAAUGCCAUCCGAUGGAAGUAGCAAAAGAAAAGAAAACGCAGCCCAAAAUAGAGAGGAGUCACAAGGGCGCACGGGAACAGCCAAACAGAGCAGCAAAGCUCUCCUAUCUGUGACCCCUUGGCGUUAAUCCUAAGUACGGAGGUGAAUAGGAAACCAAGCGGCCACGUUCUCCGAGCUGCAUCAGGCCCCCCGUUACUUACUUGGUGAUUGCUCAUGCGCCGAUAGGAGUUUACUGAGGAACACAGAGCUAUUUGUGUUG